UACAUCUGACAACGUCACACAGCUUCUAGAACCUCCAUUUUCUUUGGCUGCAGGUUGCGCUGUUCGUGCGUUUGUCGUUAGUUAUUGUUGACGCGUGGUUAAAUCUUCAGAAAUUGAUUUUAAUUCGGAAGGGAGUUGAAAACCUUCGAAAUGGAUGAAGAUAUCGACGCUUUGUUGGAGGCCGCGUUUGAUAAGAAAGGGGGCGAAGCAGAGGGGAAGGUCAACGGGGAAGCUUCUCAUCGUGUGAAUGGAAAUGACACCAAAGAAAAAAAAUACGACAAGGAGCGUGAUAAAGACAAGGACCGGGAAAAAGAAAAGGAUCGCGAUAAGGAAAGAGAAAGAGGAAAGGAGCGCGAUAAAGACAAGGAUGGAAAAGACAAAGACCGAGAUCGCCGUUCAGGACGUAGUGACCGCCACAGAAGCCGAAGUAGAGACCGUAAAGAUCGAGAUCGCCGCAGAAGUCGGAGUCGAGACCGCCGCCGUUCUCGUAGCCCCCGAGAUGCUCGUCGAAGGUCUCGUAGCCCGCAUCGAGAUGGACGCAAACGAUCUCGGAGCCCAAGAGGAGGGAAAGAUCGCGAGAGAAAUCGUGGUCGUCGUUCUCCAACGCCAAUCAAGAAGCAAUUAACCGAAAUGACCGUUGAAGAGCGUGACGCCCGAACUGUUUUCUGUAUGCAGUUAUCUCAGCGCAUUCGUGCCAGAGAUUUAGAAGAAUUCUUUUCUGCAGUUGGCAAGGUUCGAGAUGUCAGAUUGAUUACUUGCAAUAAGACGCGAAGAUUUAAAGGUCUUUGUUAUGUUGAAUUUGCUGAGCCGGAGUCAGUCCCCUUAGCGAUAGCAUUGACGGGUCAAAGGCUGUGCGGUGUCCCGAUUGUCGUUCAACCCACGCAAGCAGAGAAGAAUCGCCUAGCAGGAAGUAACAUGCCUGCUAUGAGUUCGUUCAACAAAGGCCCCAAUGGCCCAAUGCGCUUGUAUGUCGGUUCUCUUCACUUCAACAUUACCGAAGAUAUGUUGCGUAGCAUUUUUGAACCUUUCGGAAAGAUCGAGCACAUGCAGCUCAUGAUUGACACGGAGACUGGUCGCUCUAAAGGAUAUGGAUUCAUAACGUUCCGAAAUGCCGAAGAUGCGAAAAAAGCGAUGGAGCAGCUAAAUGGAUUUGAAUUAGCUGGCCGGCCCAUGAAAAUUAACCACGUGACUGAGCACUUUACUGGCAAUCAUACGUACCUGGAUAGUGAUGAAAUGGAUCGCGCCGGAAUUGAUCUGGGUGCUACUGGUCGACUCCAGCUGAUGGCUAAAUUAGCUCAAGGCACUGGACUGGAAAUCCCAGCAGCUGCCCAAUCAGCCCUAAAUCUUCAGGCUUCCAUCCAAGCAGCUCAACAACAAGCAUUGCCUGUUGCCGCCGUUGCACCGCCUAUUGCCACCCAGUGUUUCAUGCUUUCCAACAUGUUUGAUUCAAGUUCUGAGACACAUCCAUUAUGGCAUCAGGAAAUUUGUGACGAUGUCAUGGACGAAUGCAACAAACACGGUGGUGUACUACACAUCUACGUUGACAAGGCGUCACCUCAGGGUAAUGUGUACGUCAAGUGUCCGUCAGUGACGGUGGCUGUCAAUGCCGUCAACGCUUUGCAUGGGCGGUGGUUUGCUGGUCGUAUCAUUACAGCAGCCUACGUCCCUUUAAUUAAUUAUCAUUCUUUGUUCCCUGACUCCAUAACGGCCACGACACCAUUGAGAAAGUGAAGUGCUUUAAAGCUUCGUGACCCACCGUCAAUCGUCUCCCUUGCCCCAUCAACAGUUAUUGCGCUUGUGUACAGACCCAUCCAUUUCCAUUUUGACCCAUUGAGCACUCGUACCUCACUUGUGUCGCAGAGGAAAUCAUUAUUGCCUCAACUAUUUUCAGAUUGAAACCAUCGCCUGGGUUAGAGGGGAACAUAUAUUUACUGGGUUUCUCAAAUGGAUAUAAACAGAAUUGUAAUGUCCCAUGAUAUGUCAUUCAUUAAUACACCGACAUUUUUCUCUUUGA